AUUUUUUUUAACGUGUUUGGCAGUGUGGUGCUCUUUAAAAGCAUCACUUCUGUUAGUUUCCUUUUUUUGAGAUCAACAUGAUGUCGUUGUUAUGGAUAAUUGAAAUAGUUUAGAGAGAUAUGAUGGAUAGAGAAAGUUGUAGAGAGAGAAAGAUAGUAUUACUAUUAGUGUUAGAUAUGGUGUUUGAAGCUCUGAAUUAAUCUCUAUGACAGUUUCUUUCUUCUCUCAACCUGUUACUGAAUGAUUUUUGGUAGUGGGUAUGCUUUUUUUUUCGUUGUUGCUCUAGGUCAAACCUACUAAAACUUGUUUAUAACCUAUUUUACUUUCUUCCAUUGUUAGCCAAAUCUCCUAAGUUUCUUAGAUGUAGUUUCUGGCCUAAUGAAGACUUUGAGUCCUUGUAUAAAUGAUGGAUUUUCCAGAGUCUACAAAGAUACUAUUCAAUAGAAUUCAGGAACUAGAACCAGAAAAUGUUACAAAGAUUAUAGGAUACCUUCUUUUACAAGACUAUGGUGACCAGGAGUUACUAUGGUUGGCUUCUGCUCCAGAACAUUUGAUUCACCAAGUUAUAUUAAAGGCCAAAACUGAACUCCAACAAUUAGCUUCCAAGUCAGCCUCAACACCUAUAUCACCUUCCAUAAACCCAACUUCUGGUUUCUCUCCAUUCUCUUCUGCUGCAAUUUCAAGGCCUAAAUUGUCUUCCAAUUUUCAAAUGUCCUCUCCUUAUUGGGAUCCCCAGGUUGUUAAGAAGCAGAACCCAGACUUUUUACAAAUGGGGUUUUAUGAUUCAUCCUUGGAACAUGAAAACCAAUAUCAGUUUUUGAGUUUAGAGGAUCAGAUGGAGCAAAUAAAUUCUGGAUUAUCAGGAGUAGGUAUUGACAGUUUCUACCCAGAUGCUGGAAUUGGAGGUUUGAAUGGUAGAACAAGUAGGAGACUCUCGAGUCUUUGUGAGAUUCCAGUUAAGACUUGUCACUAUUAUAACAAGGGAUUUUGUAAACAUGGAAGUAGCUGUAGGUAUUCUCACGGACAAGUGAUUCCUGAAAGCUUUUCUCAGGCCUAUGAUUCUGCUAAUGAAGACCAUCUUUUCUCACCUGGCUCACUUGAGAAGUUGGAGUUGGAAAUAAUAGAGCUUCUUAAGUCAAGAAGAGGUAAUCCUGUUUCUAUUGCUUCUCUACCGGCGAUGUACUAUGAGAAAUAUGGAAAAUACUUACAGGCUGAUGGCUACCUCACAGAGAGCCAGAGGCAUGGAAAAGCUGGUUAUAGUUUAACAAAGCUUCUGGCUCGAUUGAAAAACAGUAUUAGGCUUAUUGACAGCAGGCCUCAUGGACAGCAUGCAUUAAUUUUGGCUGAAGACUCUGCUAUGUACAUGGAUCACCGAAAUGAAAAGACGGAUCCAGGUCCAAUUGUUAGCGGGUCAAGGCAGAUAUAUCUAACAUUUCCAGCUGAGAGCACUUUUACUGAAGAAGAUGUCUCAAUCUACUUUAAUUCCUUUGGGCCUGUUGAAGAUGUAAGGAUUCCCUGCCAACAGAGAAGGAUGUUUGGGUUUGUAACUUUUGCUAGUGCAGAUACAGUGAGAGUGAUUUUGGCCAAGGGAAAUCCUCAUUUUGUCUGCGGGGCUCGCGUUCUCGUUAAGCCUUACAGGGAAAAAUCAAAGCUUGUUGAUAGAAAAUACUCAGAUAGGACUGAGGCUCCAGCAUAUUAUUCUUCACAUUACUCCGACUUGGAUUCUGAGUUUCAAUCAAUUGCCAGAGGAUUUGAAAACUCUAGAAUGAUUAGAAAACAGUUAAUGGAACAAGAACGGGCCCUUGAGCUCGAAACAGUGCGGCUAAGGGAGAAGCCUAUGAAUGAUCAGUCAUAUUUUGGUUACUCUAUGGAUGAUCGUAAACUGUCCGAAGCAGGAGCAGAAGGCCAGUUCAAUUUGCCAUCCUCGGAACAAUUCACUUAUCUGUUUGAUGUUUUUAACUGUGGAUCCACAAGUGAUGAUAAGUUCAAGCAUACAGACACCAAUGCUGACCAAGAAGGUCAAGCACUAAAUCUCCCGGAUAGUCCAUUUGCAUCUUCCAGAGCUAAUGGCAUCUCAACAGUUAUAUAGGUCUGGCAACACACAAAGAUUAUAGAGUUAGAAAUCUGAUUCAAAGUCAAUCUCUUCAGUUCGAAACAUAAAAACUAUCUUUCUCUUUUCCCCUUUUUCAUCCCCUUUCGUCGAUCAGUCAGUUUUCUGCACGUACAUACUGCUUAAAGAAGAACCAACACUGGACAAAUUUUCUUACCCCUUACUUGGAGUGAAGGAUCUAGUAAAGAAGAAAUAUUAUACAUGGUAUAUAUAGAUAUUAAGAAUGGUUUUACAGUUUCUAAUCUUAACCACAGAAAGAAGGCAAGAAUUUCUGAAUCUUUUAGAAGGGAGACUGAUAAAUUAUGUAGUCAGUCUUUUUAGUGAGUACAUAGAGUGUCUAUGGAGGUUAAAUAUAUUUUGUUUAUACUCUCUGUAACACUGAGCAAUAGAUGAAACUAAGUUGAGCAGUAGUGACAGCAGCUUAUACCUUUUAGAAGAUUUAUUAUAUAUAUUUAUCAUUUCCACUUUGGGUUUGA